AUGCCCAGAAUUACUUGGUGUAGACAAGGAAUACACCCCUUUGAUGCUUCACAACUAAUUGGUGGUAUGCAGGUGCUGCUCCCCCACGCUACUGAUUACCCCGGUUCCGCUCUAUUUGACGCGGCUACGAAACUCGGCUUCGAGCAGUCCGUUAACUUAAACUACACUGAAAAUCAUUGGUUAAAACAGCACUCCUGUCAGUAUCUGAAUGUGUUCUUGCAACAAGCACAACCGGAAUGA